AGCGGAUGAGCGAAAAUUUGAAAGCUAGACAGCAAAUUCCUUGGGGAAAACUAUAGGAAUUGAACGAGCAAAGGUAAAGGCUGUUUACGGGUACUAAGGACCGGAAAUUUAAUCACUGCUAGUCCAGGACUUUUAAAUAUACGCGUUUCAGUUUUAAUAAGGACCUGCAACAGAACAGCAGUUAUUAUCAUUACUUUGCUGGGAAAGAUUUAUUGGCAAUAAACCGACGUUUUAUUGUCCGAAAUGUCAGCAUUAAGAAAAAUUACAGGGACGGUUUGAAGCAGUAGAGCUGAUAUCAGUGCUUGUAUUAACACAAAUUUGAGAUUAUUUAUUGGCAAAUAUCGAAAAGAGACAAGGGAACUCUUUGAAUAUUUAUUAAUUCGUAUUUUUAAAGGUUUGAUGAAACGUGUUUUAAUGUGUCACUUUAUACAUCAAAAGUAACUGUUAAGUUCCAACUUAACUCCACUUAGUGGAUUAAGUAGUAUAUCGGAUUUAAGAAAGCAAGUUCGAUAAAUAUGGAUUUAAACGACAGCUUACUCGAUUUACAACGAAGCCGAAGCAGACUGGUGCUCAUGCACGCCAUCCGGCGGAAGAUGCUCCAGGAAGUAGAAGACUUCCGGCCCUUCCCAUCUUCAGGAUUCAACGAGAACUUUAACGCUGCACGGACGAGGUUCAUGCAGCGUUGUAACGGUAUGCAGACGCGUCCUGUGCGAUUAAGCAAUAUCUCGCAAAUGCUUGGCGACAGGCUGCAAAACUUAAAAGACCGAGAGCAGGUUCAAAAUAAGUUUCGCGUUGUCGUUUCUCCGUCUGGACGAAAACAACUGCGAAAUGACACUCCGUGUUCGAGUGUCCAACCGGAGAAGAAAACAAUGAUCAAACCCCCGCCCAGUUCGUCACCCAAUCGAUAUAAAAGUGUGCUGACAAUUCAGUGCGCACCUAAAACAGAAGCGCGAAGUUCAGCAGCUGAAAUCAUAACUUCGACCGCCAACAAACCUGAAUCACGCAACGGCGUAGUGCCCAUACCUGUCCAGCAUAUCUCCAGCUCCCCGAUGCCAUCAAAGGGAAUGCGAAUCCACUUUCACUUGCCUUGUCAUUCCUCUGCGGGCCAGUCAGCAACGCCGGAAACAAACCUUGUAUCACCUACACUGCGAGCAACGCAUUCUGGUUCGUCAUUUCGCUCAGCUAGCAACGUAAACAACAGGCAUAAAACAGCUGUAAACAGCAGUGCAGGUGGUAAGGCGAUGGAUAGUACGAAAGAAUCUUGUUUGACCAACCAAAAAGGGGACGCUCGUUUUCCUAUAAUGAAGCACCUAAACACCUCGAUGCCGGCAAACCAGACAAACCACAAAUCUACGUCUCUCGAAGUCGAUUCUAGGCAAGGCAGCGACCAGGAAAUAGCUAGAACAGAAACGGAGAUUGCUGUAACCUGUAAAGUCUGCGAACCCGCAGUAAACAACGACCCGCCGCACAACAAAAUGCUCGAGAAACCUUUUCCGAACUACACCAUAGAAGACGUUCCAUCCUUUUACAACGACAAUGGUACCACGAUCGAAUCAGUCGUUUUCAGCGCCUCAGAGCAAGAACAAGAACUGCCUGGCAGGGAAAAGGCACCACCGGGUUCCCAGAACCGUUGCGUGGCGCUAGAUAAUAGCCACAGCAUAAAUAAUGCAGAAGCCGUUCAAAGUAAACUCAAUUUUAAAAACGUCCAAGGAGAGGUACAACUAACGAAUAUGGCAAGCGCUGAGAUAGAUGUUCGAACAAGGUUAAACGACCAGAGCGCUAACCGAUAUUCGCAGCUAAAUGAAACAGGUCUGAACCGGUUUAUCCGAUCUAAGUCGCGGGACGAGGACAGUUUUGAGGAUCGUAUCACAGAAUUCUACGGACGAGGCGAGGACUCGCAAAUUCACGGGGAAACAAUAGGAGCAAAUAGCUUAAAUGAUUCCAGCAGAGAUUUGCACAAUUCAGCUGAACAAUUGCUCGACAGCAGCUCAUCGAAUAUAGAAAUCAAACAAAAUGAACCGGCAAACGGCAAAGUGGAAAAUCACGGCCAAAAUAUCAUUUCUGGAUUAUACGAAAUUGACAGCGAUGCGUGCCAGGUCGAAUCUCAAGAAAACGAAAUUGAAAACGACUCUGCAACAGAAACGCAGACGACAACAAGCAGUAGUGAAUCCUCACCAGUUUGUAAACCAAACAAGAAAGAUAAAUCUCGCAAAAUACCUCGUUUUUAUUUUCCCGGUGGCCAUCCAAAAUCAUCUGAUGAGAUGACGUCAACCCUACAACUUAUAAAUGCCGCCUUUCAGAAGCUGUGUAAAGAGAAUAUUACCUGUCAAGAAAUGGCAACAAUUGCUAAGGCAUGCGGUUUUACAUCGUAUUGGAAAUCAGCUUUGUUCAAAGCAGCUUGCCAGCCUAAAAGUGAAUCUGUGUCCAAAGAUGACGUAAUUGAAAUGUGGAAAAGAGUUGCUUCAACGAAUCACGACAACGCCUCACGACGUUGGACACGCUCGAAGACGAAGAAGACAUAAAUAUGAUUUGUGAUUACUUUUCAUAUGAGCAUUUCUACGUUAUUUACUGCAAGUUUUGGGAGCUGGACACUGACCACGACCUAGUUAUCGAUAAAAUGGAUUUACUGCGCCACGCAAAUGGAGCACUCUCGAAUAGACUUAUUGAUCGUGUGCUCUCUGGUGCCGUUACACGGUGGGACUCAUCAGACCAUCGCCUCCACAAGAUGUCGUACGUGGACUUCGUAUGGUUCCUUAUCUCAGAGGAAGACAAAAAAUCUCAAACAAGUAUCGAGUAUUGGUUUCGUUGCAUGGACGUGGACGGUGAUGGUGUCAUAUCAAUGUACGAGAUGGAGUUUUUCUACGAAGACCAAAUGCGUAAAUUGGAACAACUUGAUAUUGAACCUCUACCGUUUGAAGAUUGUGUUUGUCAGAUGCUGGACAUGGUAAAACCAAUCAACCGUGACCACGUGACUUUGAAAGACCUCAAGCAGUGUAAGAUGGCGCAUGUGUUCUUCGAUACUUUCUUCAAUGUGGAAAAAUACCUCGACAACGAGCAGAAGGAUCCGUUUGCGCCGCAAAAGGAUGCUGACGCGUUGCUCAACGAGCCAAGUGAUUGGGAGAAAUAUGCCGCGGAUGAAUAUGAGGUAUUGGUGGCGGAGGAACAAGCUAACGAUCACCAGAUGUCGUUAGAUAUGUCGUAUGAUGACGACAUCGACCCGCUUCUCGAGGUCGAGCUGAAGAACCUCGGGCUAAAUCAAGACCGCCCUCUGGCGGAAGAAAAGGAAAACAACAACGUUCUUGAAACUGGAGACAUCCUGGAAAAGAACGCCGAAGUUGCCAAGGGUUUGACCACGUGACCUUGAACCAAGGUUACGUCAUGUUCGAAAAAUCGAAAUUUCCCGAAGGAGGGACAGCGGGGAAGUCCAAAGAAAGCAAACGAUGAAGAUUCGCUUUAUCGUGACGUCACGGUCGCAUUUAUGACGUCACGAUCGCGACCCUUCGAACUUUUUUGUUUAAGAACAUCGUACUAUAUUCGAUACAAAAGUACCAUUGUGACGUCACACCAUUACCGGCACUUUUAUGUUCUCGUGACGUCACAAUAUUGUUCCGUGUGAAACGUUCAAAUAUUUUUUAAGACAAAUUUCACUCAAUUUUGAGAUUAUUGGAUCGAUGUCGAUACUCUGGCAAUGCAGCCGCUGCUUCAUAUUAAAUUUGGCCCCAUUUUUUAAUCAUAUCUUGGCUGCUUCAUACGCAUUGUGUGAGCAACGAAAAAUACUUCUGCGGCUUAACGAGUGCAGCGUCCGAUUUUUCGCAGUUACACCGUGUGUAAGUUUUUAUUGUACGUCCAUCAGCACUGUACACACUUUCACCGGUACCCCUUCAAUUAUUUAUAUUUACCGACGUAAAUUUGCUGUGAUUAACAUGCGGUACCGUUGGCAAUAUAUAUUAGUUCAAUUUUCGAACUAAUUUAAAA